AUGCCCCUGCCUUUACCCUCGCCCCUGGAAACAGGCGCAGCCAUGGCACUGGUGGCCUCCCUGGCUGAGUUGCAUGCAGAGACACGCUGCCCCGUUUGCCGGGAUUUCCUACAGGAGCCCAUAACCCUGGAAUGUGGCCACAAUUGCUGUGCCUCGUGUCUGCAGCAGCGCUGGGAGCACCUUCAGGACGUCCUGCCCUGCCCAGUGUGCCUGCAUCCCUGCACACACGGUCACCCCCAGAGGAACACGCAGCUGGGAAACAUGAUUGACCUGGUCCAGCAGCUUCGCAGCAAGAGGUUGAAGGUCGCAGAGCUGGUGGAAGAGGAGGAAGAAGAGGAGGGAGAAGAAGAGGAGGGCAGAGGCCUCUGUGAGAGGCACCAGCAGGCCCUGAGCCUGUUCUGCGAGGACGACCUGGAGCUGCUGUGUGCCCAGUGCGGUGAAUCCCCUGAACACCAGGCCCAUGACCUGAUGCUCAUUGAAGAUGCUGCUGCUCAUCACAGGCAGAGGCUCAAGAGCUGCCUGGGGCGGCUGGGGAAGCAGCUGGAGGAGGCAGAAACGAUCUUCCUAAGGCAGGUGUGGGAGGGACAAGGAUGGAGAGAGGAGGUGGAAGAAAGGAAGCGUGAUUUAGUCUGCGAGUCUGAGCACUUGAAGUAUUUCCUGAAAAUUGAGGAAGAUGUUCUUGAGAACGAGCUAUCGAGACAAAUGACAGGAUUUUCCAAGAAGAUCAUUGAUAGACAAACCCAGCUGUCAGACAUUGGCUCCACUCUCAAGUCGCUGCUGAAAGACAUCCUUGGUCUGAGGCUGGAGACGGACCUGGCGCUGCUGAGGGGCGCUGGGCACAUGCACAGGCAGUGGCGCCAAUGGGGCGGCCUGGAGCUCCCUGCAACCUUUUCCUACCAAUUUAUGGAGCCGGCUCUCCUGUUGCCUCCACAUUUUGCUGGCCUGCACAACCUCAAGGACCAUUUUCUGGUGCAUUGUACCCUGGAUCCUGACACUGCCCACCCCAGUCUCACCGUCUCCCAGGACCGGAAAACAGUCAGUUUUCAUCGCCUCGACAGAGCAGGUGGACCCACGUCUGGCUCUCGCCCCAAGGCCUUCACCUCCCUGGAAGCCAUCUUGGGCAUGCAGGGCUUUGAAGGGGGCCGGCACUUCUGGCAGGUAGAAAUCCAAGGCUCGGGUAUGUGGUCCUUAGGGGUGUGCAAGGAGUCGUUCCCCCGAAAUGCUGUGGGAACUCCGACCCCGGGUGAUGGCUGCUGGCAACUCCAGCAGUUCACUGGGGUCAUCUUGGACUCGCAGCAGGCACAAACCCGGGUGGGUGUGUUUCUGGACUAUGACUUGGAAAAAGUUGCCUUUUACAAUUUGGUUAACUGCUCCCACUUCUGCACACUCAAUGGCAGCUUUUCGGGAAAGCUCCUGCCCUACUUCGGCCUUUGCUCCUCGUCCAUAGCGUUUUCCUUGACUCUUGUCUGA